CCCAGAAUGGGGCCAGUGUCAACGCUCCCAUAAUGACUGGUAACACCAUUGGAGCAAUCCAUUAUCAUACAGGUGAUGAUGAGUAGUGUACAAUCUACACUUUAAACAAGGAUUUAGCACAAAAUAAAAAGACAGAGAAUUGUACUCAUAUGAGAGACGAAAGUUAAAUUAUUGACUAAUAUUAACAUAAAACUCAAUCACACCAAUCGUUCGAGCUGGCGCAUUGCGCAGCUAGAAAAUAUUUCCAUUUGCGUUAUCUUGAUGGACAGAUGUAAGUUGGUAGGCCAAAAUGUAUUAUAACUGUGGGUCGGUCCUCUUCUCUUGCAGUCCCUUCGCCUGCAGCAUCCCAGCACACCAGCCCCUCAUCAGGCCAUGAUUUCCUGAAGACACACAAGACAGCUCUGGAGACCAGGAUGGGCAACCUUAGGAUAGUUUAUUUAAAUUUCAACAUUACA